AUGCUUACAGUCAAGCAACUCUGCCGCGAUCUCGGCAUCAAGCACCCUGACAAGCACAGCACAUGCAUCGGCUAUGGAAAAGCUAAACCGACCUGCGGAAACGCUGUGGCCGCAGCUUCUCGCUCGACCGCGGUUUCGAUCCUCCAGGAUAUCUGCUAUGGGAUCGAGGAUGGACUCACUGUGAGGGAUCUAAGUUCCGACUUGAAUGCAGCUGCCUGCUUGCUGCAUUGUAAACGAUGGCAUCAAGGCCAAGGUCCAGCGAUGUCUCAGGAAUGGGAAAGGAAACUCCCCUAUUGGGAAAGGAACUUACGCUACUCCACUGCUCAGGGAUUCGACGAGGGACAUCAGCAGACCCGGCGGCGGCAGCAGCGCCAAACAUCCUCUCAGACCGUUGAAAGAGGGUCAGGUCGACAAACUAGUAGAAGACCAACCUCCCGAUCUGCAGAACCUGUUCGCGAGCUCUCUCAGUGCGAAAGCGAUCUUCUCGUAAUUCAGAUGCAGAAUGCCCAGCUUCUCAACUCAAUGCGGUUGAUGCAGUCGAUGCUGGACCAGUACCAACGCAACGAGCAACGCUUGAGACUGCCUCUUCUGGCCUUGGCCCCAAGCCACACCUCAUCACGAUCCCGUAUCUACGCUGACGACGAGGAAGACGACCGCAAUUCAGAUUUAGAGUCAGACUUCGGCUCAGAUUCAGGCUCAGAUGUAUCUGACUGGCAAGAUUCAACGACACCGUCACGUGCAUCGGCUGCAUCCACUGCAUCCCGCUCCAACGUUGCUCGAUCACUACCAUCUUCCAACCGAGUGGUACACUCGCCACAGCGAGGAACUUCUUCUCGCUCUUCUCAAUCGUCUUUACGACGCUCCACUACUUCCUCAUCCUCAUCAGCAACAGCAGCCAGAGCAUCACCUCCAGUUUCUCCCUCCUCUUCCUCCCGCUCUGCCUCCUCCCGCUCAGAGCAACACUCACAGCAGCGCGGAAGUCCUUCUCGCUCUUCUCACUCUUCUUCACGUCGUUCCAAUUCGUCAUCAUCGCCAGUGCCAGCGUCUCGGACCCGCUUGGCCUUGUCUGCUCCCUUCGAGCAAAGCACACAACAGCGACGGAGCCCUUCUCGCACUUCUUCUCGCCGCUCGACCGACUCUGAAUCAUUAGCAACGCCAGCUCCAUCUUCCGUCUCCUCCUCCUCCUCCUCCGGGGACCUCGACGAUUGCGGUGUCUGCCUCGAGCCGCUGCCCAGUAGCGGCGGAAGCAGGAGUCACCGCGGUGGCGGCCAGGGUGAUAACAAUGAUAUCUGGACGUGUGAAGCAUGCCACAACUCAGCACACAUCGAAUGCUUUGAUAUGUGGGUGACGCAUUCGUCCGAGGAUAAUGUGCGCUGUAUUUACUGUCGCGGAGCCAUCACGAUCUAG